CGGACCUGCGCAGUGGCCUUCAUCCGGGAGAUUUCAAGAUGGCCGUCAAAAUAUAGUCGUCGACAGAAUUUUGUUGACUUUUGGCAAAUAUUAGAUAAUUUCCGCAAAAAUGCGACUGUUUUAGACUGACAGGAGUCAGAAAAGGGAAACAAGAUGUGGGUGAAGCCAGAAGAAGUCCUCCUGGCGAACGCCCUCUGGGUGACGGAGCGGGCAAACCCGUUUUUUCUGCUCCAGCGCAGAAAAGGCCACGGAGGUGGCGGGCUAACAGGGCUCCUGGUUGGAACCCUUGAUACUGUACUUGAUAACAACACUGCUCCUUACAGGAUCUUACACCAGACGCCCACAUCCGAGGUCUACUGGACUGUCGCUUGUGCUAAGUCUAAAAAGGACGUCUUCAAGGACUGGGAAUGGCUGGAGCAAAACUUGAUGCAGAUUCUGGGAGAGUUCGAGGCCGAAGAGGACGUCACGGAAUUUGUCCGGUGCAAGAUCGAGAGUUUGCUGGCAAACGAUGUGGACGAGGAGAGCAGCAAGGAGGACAACGACACCAAACGCUUCCGGGAGGCGUCCGCCAAGUUCCAGAAGCUCUUCAGCAUGCCGGAGGAGGAGAAGCUGGUGAACUACUACUCCUGUAGCUACUGGAAGGGGAGGGUGCCGCGGCAGGGUUGGAUCUACCUUAGCAUCAACCACCUGUGCUUCUACUCGUUCCUGAUGGGGAAGGAGGCGAAACUGAUCGUCCGCUGGACGGAUGUGACCCAGCUGGACCGCAGCAACAGUAUGGUUCUGCCGGAGGGCAUCAAGGUGUGCACGCGGGACGGGGCGCACCACUUCUCGAUGUUCGUGCACCCGAACGAGACCUACGCUCUGAUGGAACAGUUGGCUGACAUGGCCAUGAGGCAACUGCUGUCAGAGGAGGGCUUCGAGGAGGACCGCGAGCUGCCGCGACGGCUCAAGAAGCUCACACCGAAGAAGGUUUCGCUGCUGAAGAGGGACCUGGAUGCCCGGGCGAAGAGCGAGGCCUACAGAACUCUGUUCCGGCUCCCACUGACCGAGAAGCUCGACGGGCGCACGGAGUGCACGCUGUGGACGCCGUACAACAAGCGGCACAUCUGGGGGAUGCUCUACGUCUCCCCUAAUUACCUCUGCUUCAUGAGCCGCGUCGCUAACGAGGUCUCCCUCGUUAUCCCCCUUCGUGACGUCUCCCUCGUCGAGAAGAUCGAGAACUCCAACAGCCUGCUCCCGAACGCCGUGCACAUCUCUACCAAGAGCAAGACGACGUUCCUCUUCGCCCAGCUGGCCGACCGAGACUUCCUGGUGGAGAGGAUAUCGGAUUUCCUCUCGCAGACCGUCCACCGACAGUACAGCUCAGAUAGCGUCAGCAUCAACAGUAGCGGGAGCGGCGGGUCGGGAGCACGUUUGUCUGUGAGUUACAGCGACGGCAAUGGCGGCGACAAGGAGUCUGCCACAGGUUCUGACAGGAUCAGUGUCAGCCUUGGGAGCUCUCUCGGAGCGGAGAAGACAAGCAUGAGCAGCUCACCUGCCGCCAACCAGCCUCUCACGAUGGUGUUCUGCAGGAGGAACUCGAACGAAAUCCCGCCCAAGGAGAAGAUCAAGGAACACCUGUGGGAGAUCCACUUCGCCGAGUACGGGAGGGGGGUGUCCAUGUAUCGCACGAUCAAGACGCAUGAGCUGGUGUUGCAAGGCAUCCCGGAUAGCCUGAGGGGGGAGCUGUGGCUGCUGUUUUCCGGCGCCAUCAACGAGCUGCAGACACACCCGGGCUACUACCAGUCCCUCGUCGAGCAGAGUUUGGGGAAGUACACUAUCGCCACGGACGAGAUCGAGCGGGACUUGCACCGCUCGCUCCCCGAGCACCCGGCGUUCCAGUCCGACAUCGGGAUCGCGGCGCUGCGGCGCGUGCUCACGGCUUACGCCUUCCGUAACCCCAACAUCGGCUACUGCCAGGCCAUGAACAUCGUCACCUCGGUCCUCCUGCUCUACGCCUCGGAAGAAGAGGCCUUCUGGCUGCUCGUGGCCCUCUGCGAGAGGCUCCUACCUGACUACUACAACACGAAGGUUGUCGGAGCGUUAGUGGACCAGGGCGUUUUCGAGGACUUAACACAAGAGUACCUCCCACAGCUGUACGACCGGUUAGACGAGCUGGGUGUGAUCAGCAUGAUCUCACUCUCCUGGUUCCUCACCCUGUUCCUCAGCGUCAUGCCUUUUAACAGCGCGGUCAGCAUCAUGGACGUGUUUUUCUUCGACGGCGCUCGAGUCAUCUUCCAGCUGGCUCUCACCAUCCUAGACAACAACACCACAAGCCUGCUAGACUGCAGGGAUGACGGAGAGGCCAUGCAGGCGCUGGGGGAAUAUCUCGACAACGUGACCAACCGGGACUCGACGUUCCCUUCCAUCUCGAGCAGCAAUUUCGCCUCAAAGUCGCACGAGUCAUCCGUUGACGUGGGCGACCUCAUCAAGGAGUCGUACCAGAAGUACUACUGGAUCGCUUCGGACACCAUCGACAAGAUGCGCUUCAAGCACCGCCUGAAGGUGAUCCAGGGACUGGAGGACAGCAACAAGAGGAACAUCGUGCGCAGCGUCAGCUCGGACGUACCCUUCUCGAACGAAGAGAUGGAGGAGCUCUACGACAUCUUUAAAGAGGAGUACCUCAGCGCGUGUUACUGGGGGGCGGGCGUGUACAGCGAUCCGUGGGAGAAACUCGACCCGUCGAUCCCGUUCUACAUGCAGCUGAAGGUGAACUUCGAGCAGUUCAAGACGCUAUUCCUGGCGCUGUCCCCGUGGGGUGUCGGCAUGCACGCGGACGCCAUGGCCCUGCGCGCCUUCCGCGUCAUGGACGUCAACUCGGACGGGAUGGUCAACUUCAAGGAGUUCGCCUGGUGCCUGUACAUGAUGUGUAAGGCGGAGCUUCCGGACAGGCUGAAGCUGAUCUAUCGUCUCCACAUUCCGCCUGCGCUGCUACCGACCGACCACCAGGACCAGGAGGAGGAGGAAGAACAGGAGAGAGAUCCGGACUUCAUCUCUCCGGAGGCGGAACCCGCGCUGGAAGCAACAUCGUACUUCGAGGAAGACCUGUCGCCUCUGCACCUCCCAGGGAACCUUCCCAGACACGUGCAAGUCGUAGAGAGCUUGUCAUCAACCCCCGCAAGCGAGGACACCCCUCCACGCAACUCUACGCCGGAUCUGGAGAAGGAUAACGGAGCAUCGAGUGACUCCCAGUUUGAGGAAAUCAGCAUGCCAGAUUCUACGGAGAACCAGGACAGCUCGUCAGACAAAGAAGGAUCCCAGGAGAUCGUGUCCGAAUCCAAAACCAUACCAAAAACUGAACAGCAGGCUAAGACAGAUCCACCUAAACAAGCGCAGCCAAGUAAAACCACUGAUGAUAGCAGCACAGAUGAGAACGCAUCAUCCGAAAAGCUCCACACGGCGCUCAAGACGAAAACUGCAGACUACAGGCUGAGCUUUGUGGAGGACGACGAGGACUAUGACUUCUGCACGGAACUGGAGGACACCAAACCAAAAACACGGGACGACGAUAAGAAAGCUGUUCAGCACCAAGGAGAGGUCACGGCAGAAAAUGCUGUCCAGGACAGCACUGCUAGAAGAACAGAAGGUGCUGCCCAGGACAGCAAAGACGGCACAGCAGAGGGAAGUGAUGUGCCGGUGGACAGCAGUGACAGCACAUCGUGGGAGUUGGAGGGCGACGUCAAUGUCAAAUCACUUGAGGACAGCAUGCAACAGGUUUCCAUAGCAACAGAAGAACCAGCACCAAUCCCAGCAUCCUCCUCUGCUGACCCGCAGCCUGAGUCUGGGUUACCUGAGGUCGUUGCCCCCCAGUGUUCCGGUGUUGCCAUGGAGAAGGAGGAGGAUGUGUUUGGGGAGGACGGGUCGACUGUGCUGAUGCAGCCUGCUGAGGAGGGGCAGGCAAGCACACACAGUACUCCUGUCAGGAAAGCCCCAGGUAAGCAGCUGAGCUCCGGAGGAGAGAGCGACAUCCACCGUUUCCUGAGGAAGUACAGACGGGAGAAGGAAGCUCUCAACAUCGGCGUCAAGGACAUUCCCAGAAUGGACCAGCCCCAGUUCAUCCAGCUGUGGAAGACAUUCUACGACAUUUUCCGUGAGGAUGAACACGAGCAGGAGUUGUACCACGCCAUCGCGACUGUCGGGAAGCUGCUGCUGGAGCUCGGGGAAGUCGGGAGGUACUUCACGGGGAGCGAGAACAACUCUCCGCUAAACUCUCCAACUGCCGCAGCCAAAGCAGUUGAAGAAUCCAUUCCAACAAAAGAGGUGACUACAGCAGAGCCUCCUAGCAGCAAGCCCGGUACUGCAGACAGCGCGCCUGGGCAAGUCGACGCAUCGGACAACAAGGCUACAGAAGAUGGCGCACAGAAAAGCAGGGGGACAGAGGACACCCCCGCCAAGACAGAGGCAGUGGAAGAGUCCACCCGUAACCAGGCAACAGACAAGACGUCCCCCGAUAGUGCAAUAGCGAUGGUUAGCGAGGAAAGCGUCUCCUCGGGUCUCUCCGGCCUGAGCGCAACAAGCACCCAGGUCUCCGACAUCUCCCACGAUUCCAUAGGGCAGGGGCCAGAGGUCAAACAGAAGGUCAGAGGUCAUCAGCUGACCCCACAGGGGUCAAAGGAGUUGCCGACCUCCCCGUGCGGCGAUUGGUCGAUCACGUUUGAACAGUUUCUGGCCUCGAUGCUCACGGAGUCGGAGCUAGUGAGGUAUUUUGAGACGCCGGUGGACGUUUUUGCGGUUGUCGAUAGAUACAGGAAGAGGAAAAUGAUAGAGAGGCAGUUCAGUACUUCCAGUUUUUCAAGUCAGAGCGGGUCACAAACGUUGUAGGUUAUAGUAGGAUUUAAAAAAAGACAGAAUUUUCUUAGAAGGGAUAGACUCUGUAUUGGUGUGCUGCAAGCUUCUACCAUAGACUGAAAGGGAGGACAACAUAGCAAAAACAAAACAUCAUUCAGCUUAUUUUGUUCUCUAAAGUGGUCAAAGAAGCAAAGCAAUUCUAGGCAAUUUUCUACA